GUUGACAGCCAGACGUUGUAAACAGACGAAAGCAACGAAAAUAAUUGCAAAUAAAAGGGCUGCAAUAAGUUUCAUGAAAUAAGUUAUAAGAAUAAGCAUAAUGUCAAUCCCAAUCAAGACUGGUUGAAUCAAAGAUUUCAACAAUGAAUAGAUUUUUAAGUAAAUUUCCUGCGCUGCCAGCUCUACCUAAUUUGUCACAGAAAACAAAGGUUGUGACCCUAGGGAUCACCGCAGGGUUUUCUCUGUUGUGGGUGCUGGCGUUGCUGUUUCGUAAAAGAAAAGACAAGAAGGAAAAGGAACAAAAGGGAUCCUUGAAGGAUGCUCGCAACCGAGGUGGAAGAAUUCCUCUUCAUUAUUCCAGCACAAAUGGGGACCUGUCAUACAGAAGUCGCAGCCCGAGCUCCCUGCGGUCCCUGCUGCGGCAGAAGUCGUUGUCUGGCUCGACUGCAAGUUUGGGCGCAGCCUCAACAAGCACCACUUCCACUAUCAUACAUCCCGGGGCUCAGGACACCACAGACAUGAGCCCUGAACACCUCUGUGAACUAGGCUUAGAGACCCUCCGGAUAGCAGUCAGCUACUGGGAGGAUGCUGUUAUGAAGAUGGGCUACCUGGAUGAUAACCCACUGCCCGCCAUUACAGACCCUAGUACAGCCUCCCUACAGCAUCGACUGGAGCACCUGCUUGAGCUAGCGUACCAUAUGCAGGACUCGUACGAGCGGGAGGUUGUGCGCGCCACAGAUCACAUGAUGUUCGACACGGCCAUUAAUGCAUUCACUGAGACUGAAAGCUUGGCAAGGUCAAGGACUGUCAGUCGAUGUUCUUCAUCUGACUCGUUUGUGUCUGCUACUGAUCUGGCUGACCUAUCAGAUCUGGAACGGCACCAGGACAUGUUCCACCACCUGGCCCUAUAUGAGGCAGGCGUUCUUGAGCUGAAACAUGGAUCCGUGUCCUGCAGGACACUAAGAUCUGAGAUGACCGAUUGCCUCUCUGACACUGAAUUUCUGGCCAAACUUCACUGUAUAAGACUGGCUAUGCAGGAGAUAUUCCGUGUACAGGAGCACAGGGACUACUUUACAGAGAUGGGCAGGCAGGUCAUCAGCAGCCUUCUUUUGCAGGCAGAAAAGGAUGCAGAUGACUUUCACACAGCCUUCAACACCAUGAUGGCAUUUAUAAACAACGCUGAUAACUGGAGCAAGAUGGAAGAAGAACUCAGAGGACGAGGGGUAAAGAACUUCACGUUUUAUGAUGUUGUGUUGGACUUUAUUCUGAUGGAUGCCUUCGAUGACCUUGAAAAUCCACCAUCCACUGUCAUAGCUGUGGUCAAUAACCGAUGGCUCUCUAAUGGCUUCAAGGAAACGGCCCUCUCUACUGCAGUAUGGUCUGUGCUUAAGGCCAAACGAAGAAUGCUCAAAUUUCCAGAUGGGUUUAUCGGUCACUUUUACAAUGUGUCAGAGUCGGUAAGCCCAGUUCUAGCGUGGGGCUUCCUUGGACCAGAGUCAAAACUCAAAGACAUCUGUUUUUACUUCAAGGAGGUAGUGCUAGGGUUCAUACAGGACAUGUUCAGCUUUGAGAAAGCGAGAUACACGACUGUUGAUGACCUGGCUAGUGACAUUGUACGCUUAGCGAAAACACGCAUUGACCAGGUUUUGCAGAAACUCAAUGCUGACCCCACCUGACCAGAAGGAUAGAUAGAUAAAUUGCUUUAACUCAUUACUAUAAUAAAUAAUACAGUUGUAAAAUUUACUCAGUAACAUUUUAUAAUUAUGUGUGAGUUAUUUGAAUUAGUGUAAGUGUGAAUUGGCUUGUGAUAUUAUACUCAUUGCGAAAGCAAGCGUUGAGCAGGUGUUACAGAAACUCAGUGUAUUGUUAUAUUUGUUUUAACUUGUGAACAAAUUUCUAGAAUUUGAAAUAGAGUUAAGAAAUAGCCUCAGUAAUAUAUGUUAUGCAGUGUUUCAGCCAGGAUAUGAAAAGGGCAGGGUGUUAGGUCAGAAAGGGCACUUUUGAUUGGCAUUCAAUGAGCCUUAAUGGGGCACUUGCAAGAGUCAAUGUCCAAUUCUUAUUGUGUAUGUGUUGUAAUGUACUUACAAUACUUACUUUUGUUAUAAAUUUCUAAAUUGUUAUUUUGUUUACUUUUGUGUCAAAAUUAUAUAUAUUUAUUAUUUUUAUACUUAUUUCGGAUAUUGUCUCUGUCAAACAAAAGGACAGUAAAAAGGCAUUAGAGUGCCAGAAAAGGGCAGCGGGGUGCCCCAACCUGCUAUUUAGGCCUAGCAGGAGGGGAGCAGGUCAUUUCGUACCCUAGUUAUUUGUACCCUCCGAUUUUUGAUCAUUUCGUAACCUUCAGAUAGUCAUUUCGUACCCAACUGGAGCACUGUCAUGCUUAUAUUUGUGUGUUUUGAAAAAGUGUAAAAGGUAUCCGAUACACAAACACGCUUGUCUUGUCGUUUAAUUUAACCAUCAACACUAAUGUGAGAUUUGUAUGCUUGGUGACCUCAUAUAAUUGUGUUAUUAUUUGGAAGGGUAUUUCUUACUGACUACCAAUAUGUAAUUUUGAUGAUCUAAAUUACUCUAUUGCAGGUUGUAUUUUUUUGUUCUUAUUUCAAUGUAUUCGGUGUACAAUCAUGUAUAUUUUGGAUGACUAAUGAUCCAUAUUAUUUUGUGAUCGUUUUAAAAGGUAUGUUGGGUAAAGAAAGAAUAUGUAAAAACUAUACUGAAGAAAAUAUUACAAACAAGAUUUUUGGCUUUGGGAUAUUGCAUAAAUGGAAAUUUCAUGUCUGUUUUCAGUUGAAAUAAAGGACACAAAUGCUUACUGCAAUAACUUGAAUGUAAAUGUAUUUUUUGACGUUUAUUUUUCGAACUAGUUACUAGCAAACAGUGCUCUUUCAUAUGAUACCAACAUCCUAUGGAUCACAAUACAUAGAAAUUAAACGUUAUGCGACCAUAAAUUAAUUGCAAGGUUUUCAUUUUUGCCGGCCCCUUAAAUUUUGUCUGAAAUAAAACUGUUGGACUAGGUUGUGUUUUUCCAACAUUCAUAUGUAUAAAAGGAAAAUUGUUACGAUCGUGUUCUGGUAGAAACAGAUGUUUAUGAUCUUUUAUGCAAUAAGAAAAAGCAUGAAUACGUACAUACUCAACGAUGAAGCAGUCAUCAAAGAAAAACAAAUGUCACUCCCGCCCCCAUUAAAGAAAUGUAUGAAAAUCUAGCAAUUAAUUUAUAUUGGCCUUAUGGCGAAUGGCUCAUUAAAAUGACACAUUUUUGUACAUCGGACAACUCAGACUGAUAGUAUUCUGUAAAUUGCUGUUAUAAUAAAUAUAUAAUGAAUUCUAUAGAAAAUGGUAAUGUGACAAGAAAGUGCACCUUUGCGUUCUAACAGAUAUAUGCUUAUACAACUUAUAUCCUGUAUUAAAUCAGGGCCCUGAAAUGUAAAUAUGAUUAUAUCGCAUAAUUUAUUUAUAAAUGUGAUUGACGUCGUUACUAGGUCUUAUACAAACUGCAUGCUACUAGCUCUUAUACAGAGCGCUAGAGAAUACUAGUUAUUCAAAGUGCAUGCACCAUUUAGAUUUAUUUUGUGAUCUCUUUGUUACAAAAGUAUAUGUUGUAAAUUAAACUAUGUCAAAAGAGA